CUUAAUUUCACUUUACCUUCCGACCAUAAUUUGUACCGGUAUGUUUUCCCUUGCGUGUAGUUUUUUGUGCUUUUACGCACUAAACUGUGCGCAUUUUGCGCUCGGCCAAGAGGACACUGGAACCCGGUACCUGUGCCGAGCUAUACCUAUCAACACCGACACCAGUUGCCCAGUGACUAUUUUGCCCGAAGUGAGUACAGCAGGCCAGGAAGAGGAGCUAAGGAACACUGUCAUGCAGCUUCGGGAGACAAUUCAACAACAGAAAGAGACGAUAGUCAACCAACUCGGCACCAUCAAUGAGUUGACCACCAAGCUCUCUCUUUGUGAGUCGUCGGCUUCUGCAGGAGGCAAGUUCGACACGGGGUCUUGGAGUAAGGACAACCAGAAUACGAUGGGUGACGUCCCAAGAGACCCCAACGACACAAUCGACGCCUUGGGGAAGACCAUGCAGAGUUUAAAGGAUAGGCUGGAGAAUCUGGAGCAACAGCAGAUGAGAGCCAACUCGUCUGGGACAACGUUCCCCAGCGAGCUACGUGACCUGCUGCAGCGUCGCCUGGGCGACCUGGAGAAGCAGCUGCUCCAGAAGGUGAGCAGUCUGGAGGAGGAGAAGUACCUGCUCUACAACGAGACCACAGCCCACCGCCAGAGGACAGAGAGCACUCUAAACUCUCUCCUGGAGAGGAUCAAUGAGCUGGAGAAAGGACCUGGGGAUUUCAAGUCCCCGGAGCAGUUCAAGCUGUCCCUGCCUCUGCGUACCAACUACCUGUACGGACGCAUCACUAAGAGCAUGCCUGAGAUGUAUGCCUUCACGCUCUGCAUGUGGCUCAAGUCCAGCGCCAGCCCUGGCAUUGGAACGCCCUUCUCCUAUGGGGUACCAGGACAGGCGAAUGAGAUUGUGCUCAUUGAGUGGGGCAACAACCCCAUUGAGCUGCUCAUCAAUGACAAGGUGGCCCAGCUGCCCCUGUCUGUGCGUGACGGGAGGUGGCACCACAUCUGCAUCACCUGGACCACUAGGGACGGCCUGUGGGAGGCCUACCAGGACGGGCAGAAGCUGGGUGCUGGAGACAACCUGGCCCCCUGGCACCCCAUCAAGCCUGGGGGGGCCAUCAUCUUGGGCCAGGAACAGGAUGUAGUAGGUGGACGCUUCGACGCCACGCAGGCCUUUGUGGGGGAGCUGAGCCAGGUCAACAUCUGGGACCGUGUCCUGAAGUCUGUGGAGAUCCAGAACAUGGCCAACUGCUCCUCCUACACCCCUGGGAACGUGGUGUCCUGGCUGGACUCCAAUGUGGAGGUGUUUGGGCGUGGAGCCUCCAAGAUCCCCCUGGAGCUGUGUCAGGACCGGCUGCCUGAGUCCUAG